AUGUGCUCAAACAACGAAUCCAAUACCGGUCGCCAGCUUCGUCGUGGAUCCGGCAAAGCAAGCACCGCUGCAAGCAAGAACGGCACUUCUGCUGACUCCAAGAAAAGAAAGCGUCGCUCAGCAUCGGACGAAGAGCUUCUCAUCCAAGCAAACAAACGAGCGAAAGCUCAAGUCGAGCAGACGAAUGCCGAGCUUGACGAGAUCAGGGAGGACACGGUCAGGGUACUUGAAGAAGUGAACGCACAGUUCGCGAAUCGAAAUGCGGAGCUGGAGGAGCUCUAUGCAGAUGCGGUGGUGGACAGAGAUGCGGCAGAGUCUGUGGUUGAGAAGUUGGAGGUGUCUAACAAACGCUUGCAGACAAGACUCUCGGAAGUGAGCGGCAAUUACACUUUUCUGCAGGAGGACAUGGAAGAGCUUGAGAAGCAGUACGAUUCCCUCGAGGCGAGCAAGACGGCACUCGGCAACAGGGCGAAUCUGGGAUUGUCUCAGCACAAGCUCGGACAAUUCACAAUGGCUGAGCCAAAAUGCGCAGCUGGCUGUCAGAAAUCGCCGCUUCCCGCCAGAGCAGCUCAGACUGCACGAGAACGAGCAGAUCCCCAGCUGAAACCGAGCACACCACUGCCUGGUAAAAGCAGCGCAAUUUCUGUGUCCGGCGCAAAGAAGGAAGGAGGGUUUCAGUGGCGGCCUGCGGCAGAACUCAUCCUCAUCCGAAAAUACGAAGAUGCGAAAGCUGAACUUGAGCAAUCAACGGCGGAGCUCGAAAAGGCGGACCAACGGAUUCGCGCUCUCGUACAGGCAAACGAAAUGCUGCUGGUCGAACACAAGAAAGCACUUGAGCAAGGCGGGGCCGAGACUCGUAAAGCACUCCAAGAUCUCGACGAGCAGAAAACCACGCAGGAGAAGGCGAAGGCAGAAUUCGAGACGCAGCUUUCGGGCAAGAACGACCUCCUCGAGACCCGCAGGAACAGGAUUACCAAGCAAAAGAAGGAGAUCGGGCGACUCGAGCAGAUCGAGCAAGAGCAGGCAGAAGAAUAUGAACAGUUGGAAAACAAGAUCGAAGGCCUUCGGGUCGAGAUUGGUGAUUGGAAAAGUGCCAAUGCAACAGUACGGAAAUGGAGCGUGGAAACGAAGGAGGAAAGUGCCAAGUUACAGAAGGCGGUUGCUGCGAUCAAAGAACGAAACACCGUGCUCGAAGACCUUGUGAGCGAUUAUCGGGAGGGCCUGGCAAGCUCAAAGAAGCGGCAAGCAAAGAUCUCGUUGCUAAAGGACGAGAAGUUGGUUGCGGUGGAUGCCAAGCUGGCCCCGACUGGAGGACCUCGCACUUCAUCGGAGGACAGUCAAGCGAUUGAUGGGAGUGACAGGCAGGCAAGUCUCGGGUAGCAGGGUGGUGCGAGGGAAGCGCAUUGCUGCGAGAAAAGUGUCGCGAGAU